UUCCCUGAUUACUCCCCUGUGUAUUUAAGCCCUGUGUUUUCCUGUGCUCUCUGUUGCGUCGUCUGUUUUACUUCAUGUCCGUCUGCAGAAUUCUGUAUAACCCGGUGUUCAGUCUGUGUCUCUCCGCCAUCUUUCUUUGUGCUUUUUGUUCCUCCUCCCGUGCGUGUUUGGUUUAAGUUGAGUUCUUUAGUUUUCCCCAGUUUAGGUUUGUUUACUCCCCGCUCUGCUCCUCCUGUUUUUGUCACCUUAUCACCUCUGUAAAUAAACAUUCACUCGCACCCCAGCCAGUGCCUGCAUUUUGGAUCCUUUUCUCAAUUCACCACACGACUGCUGCGCAGCCGUGACAGUACGAUGCGACCACAAAAUGGAUCCAGCGGACUUGCCCGGGGAGAGCGACCUCACACGUGCCCUACGCUUGGUGGACUGGGUAACCCACACCUCCAACGCACGAGCGAGGGUUGUGGGGAUAAAUGCCAUUGAGGCUAUCCUGGCCGGAAAUCCCUAUCUCCACCAGGUCAGGGGAUUUACGGACUUAAUCUCUGAGUUGCAUAAAGCCCGGGAGGCGGUGCAAGCUCGGGAAGUUGCGGAUUCUGCUCAGCAACAGCGGACUACGACCGUCCCGAAGCAGCCGUCUCAGCUUCACCCACCGGAGGUUUCACGGCCCGACCUGUCGGAGGUUUUGCCCUGCCCAUCGGAGCCGUCAGCGGUGGGGAAGCAACGAUCGCGCCGCCGGCGCUUCACCCUACAGCCGGAUUCGGGAACUACUGUGCGACCAGCUGUGGUGAGUUCAAAGGACGCUGUUGCUUCUGAGACUGUGUUUUCUGGGGCUGUUCAUGGUGAGAGUAGAGACAGUACACGGUGCUUACCUACCUUCGUGGUAACUGACCUCUCACAAGUUGGCAUUUUCAAAACAUCCAUAACAGUAACUGACUGUGUUUCAUCCAUUCCACCACCAACUCCAGUCUCACUUCAACCAGUACAUCAGCCUUUAGCCAGUUCAUUAGCCCAGCCUGCAUCUAUUCCAUUAGCCCGGUCACCUGCCCCCUCCAUACUGGAGGCUGUGUCUGCGCCACCCAUUUUGAAUCCCGUUCCUGGCGCCCGUUUUAAGCGGAGAGACAAACACAUUAAAACCACUCUAGUUUCUCAGAAACUGGCUAAUUUAGAGACUGGUACUCGCCCCAGGGCCUCCCCAGACGCUGAGUUUCUGCCUUCAGUCGACUCUGGACCCCUGGAGGCCAAGACGCCAGCUAAGAACUGCACCGUGCCAGCGCUGCCGGGGCAAAGCCAGUGCCCUGCGCAGUUUCAGUUACCGGUGACUUUGCCAGCGGUCCCCGCACCUGCUGGUUCUGUUCCGUCGCUGCCAGAGGUCCCCGCACCUGCUGGUUCUGUUCCGUCGCUGCCAGAGGUCUCCGCACCUGCUGGUUCUGUUCCGUCGCUGCCAGAGGUCCCCGCACCUGCUGGUUCUGUCCUGUGUGUGCCAGGGGCUCCAGUGCCCACUGGUUCUGAGACUAGGGGGCCCGAGGAGCCCGUCCAGAUUCCUGCCUCGUCAGCUGGAGGGCCCGAGGAGCCCGUCCAGCCCCAAGACUCGUCAGCUGGAGGGCCCGAGGAGCCCGUCCAGCCCCAAGACUCGUCAGCUGGAGGUUCAGGAGAACCUAGCCAGAUUCCUGCCUCGUCAGCUGGAGGGCCCGAGGAGCCCCUGGAGGGCCCGAGGAGCCUGUCCAGUCUUCUGCCUCGUCAGCUGGAGGGCCCGAGGAGCCUCCUCUGCCUCAGCUUCAUCAGCUCCGCCUGGUCCAGCCUCUGCCUCAGCUUCAUCAGCGUCGCCUGGUCCAGCUUCAACAUCCUCAUCAUCGCCUGGCCCGGCCUCAGCUUCGCCUUCGCCGUCACCCGGCCCGGCCUCUGCCUCUGCUUCACCCUCGGCUUCGCCUGGCCCGGCCUCUGCUUCAGCUUCACCCUCGGCUUCGCCUGGCCCGGCCUCUGCUUCGGCUUCACCCUCGCCGUCGCCUGGUCCUGCUUCAGCUUCACCCUCGCCGUCGCCUGGUCCAGCCUCCGUGUCUUCGUCUGCAGCGAUGCCUGGUCCAGCCUCCGUGUCCUCAUCCUCGCCUGGUCCAGCUCCGGCUUCAUCCUCGCCGGGUCCAGCUCCGGCUUCAUCCUCGCCGGGUCCAGCUCCGGCUUUGUCUUCGCCUGGUCCAGCUUCAGCCUCGGCUUCAGCCUCCGCCUCGUCUGGUCCAGGCGAGGAUUCAGCUUCCGCCUCGUCUGGUCCAGCCUCCGCCUCAGCUUCAUCAGCUCCGUCUGGUCCAGCCUCCGCCUCAGCUUGGGCCUCGCCUGCAGCCGUCUUCUCAUCAGCCUCCGUUUCAACUGCAGCACCUACAUCACCGCCUGCAGCACCUACAUCACCGCCUGCAGCACCUACAUCACCGCCUGCAACAGUCCCGCUGCCGUCAGGUUCCGCCUCUGUGUCUUCAUCCACGUCUGGUCCAGCUUCUGCUCCGCCCUCGUCUGGCCCGGCUUCUGCUCCGCCCUCGUCUGGCCCGGCUUCUGCUCCGCCCUCGUCUGGCCCUGCCUCGUCUGGCCCUGCGGUUGCCACACCGUCAUGCGACCCAGCUCGUCCUGUUCCGCCUCGCCUCUGCCGGCCGUUUUCCAGGCCUCUAAGUUGACAUCAUGGCCGUCGAGGACGGCCUCCGGAAAGAGUUCAUCGGCGCCGCUGGCAUCGCGGCCGACCUCCCGACCUGCUCAGUGGUCGCCACUGCCUUCCAAGUGGUCGGCCUCCUGA